AAAGGAGUCGGGCUUUAGCGCAAAAGCCAACUGAAGUCACAGCGACGUGAAGCUUGCAAACUGACGCCGUGAGAUUCUUUGCAGAAGAUUUUCAAUUGGAUUGUGAUCAAUAUCUUGGGAAGCUGAAAGAGAUUUUGAUCUCUUUAUAAAUACACUAGCUAAACCCCAGUGGUCCCUAUUGGCUGCUGGCUGAGCGCAGCUCAUCUUUAUAAAACGGGCGCCUGAUCUCGCUGCUUUCCUUCCCCACCGCUUCUGGAUCACACUUGAAGCAGACGAAUAUUGAAUCGCACAAACAACCCAGGAUCGGCUCGUGCGCAUCACUUCUCGACUGCUCUGAGAAAGCCAGAAGUUCUGCAGUCAUCAGAUCUGGUGGUUUGACACGACUUGGUGGACAUGUGGCUACUGGAGAAGCUACGUAGCAAAAUGGAGAGCAGUGGAACACAAUCUCAGCCCCCGCAGACCACCGAGGCCAUUCCCGUGUCUGUAUACGCCAAUGUGCUCACCCCUGAAAAAAUUCCUGAUUUUUUCAUCCCGCCAAAACUCAUCUGCUGCCCACCAGAGGAAUCAGCAACCCCCAAGCCUCAGCACUGCUCCGCCUUGCGACCCUCCACCUCCGAUCAUGUCAUCUGCGUGCAGAGCCCCAGAGCUCGCAGCAGCAAAAACCCCUGCAGCCCUCGCCUCUUUUCCCGUUUCGGAGGGGACACACGCAGUCUCCAAAAGUCAGCAAACCGUCACAUCAUCCAAAUAGAGAGUGCAGACGAGCCAGCCACGGGGACUUUGGACGCCAACACCAACGCAGAUCCUCAGUCACAGACCGCCAUGUCACUGCCAUACGUCCCUAAGGCCCAGACCUCCUAUGGUUUUUCCACCUUGGUGGAGUCUCCUCAUACCCGGCGCAAGGAGAGCCUGUUCCACAGCGACCCCAGCAGCCCUCUCACCUCCCCGAUCUCCCAGAGGCGCUCCCAAGUGGGGACUCAUCUAGCCCCAGCCAACACCAACCCCUACCGCUACUUCAGUGGCGGAGAGAGUGACACCUGCUCCUCGGCGGACUCGUCCCCUUUUAACUCUCCUCUGCUGUCCCGCUCGGCCUCCCUCCUGCGCUCCAUCACACAAGAGACGCAAGCCAAGGUAUCUCGUGCCAAGCGCUCCCUGGCCCGCCACAGCUCCCUCUCCACGGAUGAUUGCAGCUCUGCCGACAACAGCCCCAACAUGCAGCGCCGGCGUACGCGUUGCCCUACCUCUGCGGCACUCCGCAAAUGCAGGACUAGCAGCUCGAGGGCCUUGGCAUCUGACCCUUUGCAGCGUGAGCACACCAUUAACCUGCAAAAGGGCGGGACACUCAGACUUAGUACGCACUACGACCCAGAGGCGGCACGGCUGAGGGUUCGCGUGCUAACGGCGGAGGCCAUUUAUGGCAAGCAGACAGACCUGAAGAGCAUCAACUGCUGCGUGGCGCUCUACCUGAAACCCGGCAAGAAACAGAAACAGAGAAGCACCAUUAUAAAGAAUAGCAGGAAUCCCGUUUUUAACGAGGACUUUUUUUUUGACUCACUGCCGAAGGCGCAAGUCAAAAGUCUGGCCAUGAAGAUCAAAGUCGUGAACAAGGGAACCAGUUUGAAGAGAGACGUGCUUCUUGGAGAAAGGGAAGUGCUGCUGAGUGAGCUGCUCACAGGCCUGUAGGGAAAUCCCUGUCAAGACUUUGGUGAGAAACAAGCAGCACUUCAUCUUCAGAGCCCUUCCUUUACCGCCUUCAUUCCACUUCAGAGGGUGAAAGGAAUCCUAUCUUGCACACUAAAAGCCAAACCAAAAACCAGUUUAACAGUUUAACUACAGUUUACAUUAAAAAAAAAGUGGAAACUUGUUUGUGUAUCUGAAUUGCACAGUGUCUCACCGUUUUCAAUGAGUUGUAAUGGUCUAGUUUACAUGGGAUCGUUAUUCCUGCAAUGAUGCCAAAUGAUAUUGUAUCAACUGUGCUUUGUCAAAUGAAUUAUGCCCUCUUUCUUUUUGACAGACGUCGUACUUGGUAAUGUAUUGGCUACUGAAUGUAACACCCCUCAGGCUGCUGUAACUUGUUGUUGUUCAUCAAUGUUCCAAAGAACAAUGAUUUAUUUAUGUUUGCUGUCAGUUUUGAAUUGCAGCUUUGAAAAAGUGGUUUGUCGCGUAUUAGCCUAUUUCAUGAAUUUAAAAGGUUUUGCUCAUGUUUUUUUUUUCCAAACACACAAAUCUACAAAAGCGAUCCUGUGGGUCGAGUGGAAGCUGGAAGACAUUUGAGAGGCUUAAUCUCGCUUAUGUGCACAAAAUAUUGUCUCUGUGAAUUCCAACUCCCUGUUUAAUAUUAGGAGAGAAAUAUCUGAUUGAGAUGUGUCUCGCAGCGUAAAGGGCAGCGAGAACUGCCAACAGUAGUUACUACGGUAUGUUGAGGUUGGUAAUUUAGAGAUUUUAAUGGCCUCAAAGGGAAUACAAUAAAGUCAUUCCCAAAAUCUGGUGCGUGGGCGCCCUCGAAUGGAACUCGAAAGAAUCACAGUCAAUGACAAUUUCGUGGUACAGGUAUUUGACUUUUAAAUCUAGUAUAUCUGCAUUGCAUCUUGAAUAAAUAUGUGGGUACAUGUUUUA